UGAGAGCAACCUGGCAAAGCAUCGAUUGAUUCCCAGUCCUGAGAUGGAUCCCUUUUGGCAAGGUCCCUCAUCAAACAUGUCCAGAUCGCUUGGCAACGCCAGCAUGUCCCCCAACUCCAAUGUGGGUAGCACCACCAGCACCAGCACCAGCGCCAGCACCAGCCUUUACACUGAAGCCAAUCUCUUGGACAUCCUCGGCCCCAAACGCUCUCCCUUCUUCCUCCCGGUGGCCGGCGUCUACUUGGUCAUCUUCCUGGUGGGCUUGAGCGGGAACCUUCUGACAUGCACUGUGGUAGCCAAACACAAAAAGAUGCGCAACCCGACCAAUUUAUACCUUGUCAGCUUGGCUUUAUCCGACCUUCUCAUGCUGGUCUUCGGGAUGCCCAUGGAGAUCUACGACUUGUGGCAGAACUACCCGUUCCCCUUCGGCGCCGGCGGUUGCUACUUCAAGACGUUCAUCUUCGAGACCCUCUGCUUUGCGUCCAUCCUCAACGUCACGGCCUUAAGCGUGGAGCGAUACAUCGCCGUAGUGCACCCUCUCAAGACCCGCUAUCUAACCACCAAGAGGCACGCCAAGCAGGUCAUCGGUGCCGUGUGGGCGGCAUCCAUGGUGUGCGCCAUACCCAACACGUCCCUGCACGGUAUCUUCUACCUCCCGGGCUACAUGAGGGAGUCGGCCAUUUGCACCAUACUAAAACCAGUGUGGAUGUACCACACGCUUAUGCAGAUCACCACCGUCUGCUUUUUCUUCAUUCCCAUGAUGGUGAUCAGCGUGCUCUACCUCGUGAUGGGCAUGCACCUGGGCAGGGAAAGAAGACAGAGGCAAGGCUACUUUGGGAAGAAAUGGGUCAGUGACACCCGUGUGAGCGUCUACAAUGAGGGCGGUCGGCGGACAAACGUCGUCAAGAUGCUCUCCAUCGUGGUGGCAGUGUUCGGCGUCUGCUGGGCGCCUUUCCACCUGGAGCGUCUGCUCUGGAGCUCCGUGCGCCAGUGGACCGACCUAAUGCACAACAUCUACCAGUACGUCCACAUUCUGUCGGGGGUCCUCUUCUACCUCAGUUCUGCCGUCAACCCAGUCAUCUACAGCCUGAUCUCCACACGCUUCAGAGAGUGCUUUCGAGACCUCGUGUGCUCACGGGUCGGCGUACCCGACUCUCCGCCGGCCCCGAAGAGUUCGCUGGUCCUCUCCACCUCCAGGGUCCAAACCAGAGGUCAGGACUCAUUGAUCCGCUUACUAUCUCCGCCAACACAGCGGGGACUGGACGCCACGUUACUCUCAAGCACUUGCCAAGAGACAGCUUGCAAGACUUCAGUGUUCUGAGAUAAUAUUCCUUUGGCUACAGAUUCAGAUCCUUACAUCUGUUUUAUGUCAUGCGACCUGGACUGUUGCGCUGAGUGACACAAAGAGACAACAUGGAAAAUAAUUUAGUAUGGCGUACUCACAGGUCAAGGCAAUUCAAACUGUCUCAGAGGUUUCGGUUGUGGGAUUGCUUCUUUAGCUGUUGCAGCACUGCAUCUGUUGGGACUCAGAUUUAUAGUAUUUUCAUUGUGCAAGUUGGUAAUUAUCUUCAAAAGCUGUUAUGGCUUUAAGACUCAGAUAGCGUUCAUUGGCAUUUGUGUACUGUCGACAAUUUCUUUCCGUCCAUCCAUCCAUCUUCUAAAGCGCUUAAGGGUCGCAGGUGUGCUAGAGGCAUUUUUUUUCUUUUAUCCAGGGAUCAUGAUUCAUUUCAAAUAAUUUUUUUCAUAUAAAUGAAAAAAUAUAUAAGUAUUCUAUUUAAACAUACAACACUACUGUGUUAUCUUAUCAUCAUUCUUUUGGUGGUGGUUAUCAUUCAUAACCGUGGAAAGGAGAAAUCUCACGCACAUUUCAACGAGUGUUAACUGUGUGUGACUGGCCUCCUCUGCCGUUAUUCAAGCCUAGCCAGGAAGUGAAAUGUCAUCACAGCAAAAUCUGAUGCAGACUGCACUUAAUUACCACUACUAAUGGAGCGUUGGACUCAAAGACGACUGAAGGACACCAGGGGAAGACUGCAUUUGGAAAAGGGCAGACUGUUUUUUUUUUUUUGUCUCAUGUAAAAUCAAAUGUGGUUGCCAUGAUCCUGCUCACUAUUCACGUGCGAUUCUCCUGUACAAUCACUUAGACAAGGGUGUGUGAGGCAAUUGUAUUUGCUUAAUGUAAUUGGUUUGUCCAAAAGCACCCUGCAUAUUCCAGCAGCUCAUUUUAUAUUCCACCUGCUGGUCCCAGGCUAAAAGCACUCAGACGGAGCUGGAUCAGAUUGAAAUAAUGUCAUUCUUGUUGUGUAGAAGGAAAAAAAAGUCAAACAAUGUCAUGAUUUUCCUGUGAGCUUGUGUUGUGAGUGAUCGUGAUUGCUGUGCAGUAACAUGACAAAUCACAAUACAGUUUAAAUGUG